AACGUGAUUAGGCUGACCAUGGGAUUGUACGUGAUUCGAUGUGCCGUGAUUCGCCUGCGACUGGAUCGAUUUCGUGAUCUGUGAUACGUGGUUCUCGUGGUGGUUCGGCUUGUGCAGCGGCUUCUGAUCAACCUACAAUAUCGGGAAGGAGAAGGGAGAAUUGAAGGGAGCCGUGAAUUGCGCGUAGGAUGAUGAGGAUUAUGCAAUUAAAAGCACGGCACGCGCAUGUGUCAAAGUUGGCGCGAAAAGUGGGACGUGUUUCUCGUGUUCCUGGGGAGAAACAGCUGUCUCUAUUCCUACCUCGAAUCCCUUGGCAGCAGGAAAAUUAGGUACGGAUUCCUCUAGUCUCGAUCGGAGAUGCCCGUCACGAAUUAGCAUUUAUAUCACCGUGGUACCGUGCAACGAGGUGGAAAUGGAAUAUCCGGAACGCCGUGAUAGAGAGACUACUUCGCUCUUCCUGCCCGCGAAUUAAUACGCCCGUGUCUCCUGCAGCCACGAUCGAUCGUCUUGUAACAGGAACGGAUAAGAAGACAAAUAUCUCUUUCUUUCUUCUCUCUCCUUCUCUCUUUCUCUCUCUCCUGAAAAUUUCUUCCGUAACUUUUUAAUCGGAUAUAUCGAAAUUUAAUUUAAUUUCAUCCCGGUGAUUUUUCAUGAUAAUAUUUGAUCAUCUUCCGAGGGAUAGUUUCGCAGGUUGGUAUAGGAUCAUCAUCGUUUCAGAGUUUGACAUUUACAAUGGUAUGUAUAAAUUAUUAAUCUUUAUUUUCUAAUUUAUUCGGAAUAAUAGUGCAUGAUUUUAUCAGGGAGAAACAGUUUGGAGAAGAUUAGGAGAUGUUUAAAUGUUUUCUAUUUCAAUUUUCAGUUGAUAAAUUAUUUUAAAAUUAAUCAUUCAUGGAAACGGAUACAAUCAUACGUGGUAAUAUUAUAUUAUAAGUUUUAAUCGUUAGACAAAUUAUAUAAUAAUUCCAUUCUAUCCCAUCAAAUUUUGUCGAAAGUUAUUCUUUUCUUCUGAAGAGACGGUCGAUCGAAAUACGUAUAGCUCUGUUAAAAGCGAUCGAUCUCGAAAAGUGUCAUCGAUGAAUGCGAGUCAUCCUCGCUUGGCGUUUGGGGAAUAGAGUCACGCGUGUCGCAAGGAUUGCUCGCUUCUUCGGACACCGUGUAAGAAAAAUGAAUCGUUAAUUACACGCGCGUCGUAGAUAGCUUACGUAAAAAUGGCGAAAACACAACGUUGGAGCAGAAUUUGCGUAACAUGAUUGAUGAGGGGAUUGUCCCCCUAAUUAACAGCCUCCACAAGUCGAUUUCCUUCGCUCGGUUUCUAUUAUAAACGAUCUCCCUCGUAGAUCGAUCUUUCCUGAUUCGUCGUUAGAUAUACAGAUAACCGUAUAUACAUAUAUAUACAUCUGAGGGAAAAAUGAAAUUUUAAAUAUAGGAAAACUAAUCGUUUCGGCCUCUUAGCUUCGUAUCUUGUACAUCUAUCUCUGAAUAUAUCUGCAUAAAGAAUUUUUUCGCGGAAUCAACAAUUCGAGGAAUAGAAUUCAUCUUUUCAUUCGUGUUUUUUUUUUUUUUUGCAUGUAAUUAUAAAAAUUAAGUCUGUUAAUGCGUAGUCUCUAGUUUGAUUGUGAACGAAACGUGGAGAUGUUAUUAAAAUUUUCUUUAAAAUUCAUGAUACGCGAUUAUUAGAACGAGUGGAAUCGGGGAUACGAUGUUUCCACGAUAAAGAUUGUUUCCACAGUCAUUUUCGAUAAUACGCUCACGUUCCACGGCCACGAUGUUAAAUUGGGUAUCAUUUCUGGAUAUUUUUCUUCCAUUACGAUGCGCAAAGAAUCGUCACAGUUAUACCUGAUAAUUGCCGAAAGUUUGCCUGCUCUCGUUCGUACUGGACAUUAUACGAUACAAACAUACAAACAUAAAUCACCAUGAUUCAAAGAUACUCUCUCGUUGAAGUAACAAGGGGAAAGUUUUUGCGUUCCAUUUUGUUUUUCUCUGAAAAAGUUCCCGGAUAAUUUCGAAUGUUUCUCCAAGUUUCUCAGUACCGAGAAUUCAUACGCUUGUCGCAAUGGAAACAUAUUGCUCGUAAGCCAGCAAUAACGAUUUACCAAAAAAGUUUUAACGAUUUUAAAAUAUCUUUAUGCACAUACAGAAGUUACACCUUCAAAAUCUGAAUAAAUAUUAAUUAUUUGUCUUUCAAGAAAAAGUAAAUAAAUAAAUAAAAAUGUGAAGCACGGAAUUCGAAUGUUACUUCAUAAAAAAAAAAAAAGUUCUGAAUCCGACAAUCCCCAAAUUGCUGGAAAUCGUGACCACGGGGAUAUUUACUUGUGGAUCGUGCGUAAAUUUGAAGGAAAAUCGGCUCGUGGAACAAGGAUGCUCGCAUCCAUGGGCCAGGAAACGUCCCCGUGGUGGCUCGUCAAACAGGGACACGUCAGCAGUGCACACCGGGCGGGUCCCCUUUUUCGGUCCUGUGGGACGAACAUGGAGGAAAGAUCGAUGGAAACGAUAAGGAGAACGUUUUUGAUCGGCCGCCACAUCGUGUUAAGAGAUGAUCACGAUGAUCGGACACGUUAAUUAUACGAUUCCCUCGUUCGAACCGGUCGAGCAUGGCGACAGAAGCUUUGUUAGGGGCGAUUUGUCGUGAUUCGAAGUAAUCUCAUAGUUGGGCCACAAAGUUAAGAUAUUCCGCGUGGCGUUUUAAUCAAAAUCGUCUAACACGAUUUUUCACUUCUUUAUACGAAGAUACCAGAUAGAUAAUCGUUUAAUUCGAUAAAGAAACGGUUUUAAAACCGCUAUAAUUUCGAAGAUGGUUAGAAGCGUUGAAUCUUUCUUUUUAAAAUCCUUUUCCACUCGUUCCAAUAUGAUUUCCGGUUUCCGAGAUAUCGCUAUAUAAACGAAAUACAAUCUUGAUUAAAAUUAGGAAAACUUUGUAACUUGGAAGAUAUUAUUUUUUUACUGUCAACGAGCGAACGAUCAUUGGAUCCUUGUUGCAUUGCUCACUGACCUAUCCCAAACUCCAGACAACUGAUAGAUCCCUGAUAGUACGCAUUUCCAGAAAAAAAAUGCGGGUCCAUUCAUAAUUUCUACACUGUCUUAACCAUCAUGGACACUUUGAUUCUUUGUUGCCUCAAUUCAUAUAUGACUUCCUGAAUCGUUACGUUUCUUUUCACGUUCCUUUUGUUUUUAUCAUAUGAAAAUUCAAAGUUUCAUUUAUGAGUUUACAUGAAUGGGACAGAUCUUUUAUCGCGAUACAAAUAGAAAAAUCUUAUCAAAAUAUCACCACGCCAAACUAUUUCUUCCCUGUUAAUACUAUGAAAAAAAAAAAAAAAAAAGAACCGUACAUCUCAUCCUUCGCAAUAAUCAUUCUCAAUUUCUCUCAGCACAGGCUGACAUCUAAUCCAGAUCGUCUGUUCUGGCGCGAAUCCAUGACUCACGAUCGGCAAACGGGAAGGCGAACCAGCCUAGUGCAAUACUUUCCGCACCGAUUUCUCUUCCCUCUUCUUCUCGCCUUCCAUAUUCCUUUCUUUUCUUUUUUCCUUUUUCUUUUCUUCUUUUCCUCUCCUCCUUCGACUCCUCCUCCCACCACGCGUGGACUUCCUCUCCCGUCCGGUCGUCCGCUUUUCAUUAUCACCCCAACACGGGAUCGCCCUCCUCCUCCUCUCUCUCUCCCUUUGAGUGAGACAUAACCACCCGAGAAACGGGCCGGGGCACCUAACAAGACGUACAAAAUAAAUUGAGAGACGCGAGAUUAAUGAAACGGCCGUAGGCGGCGGCGAGCUCGAAAGGAACGUGGAUAAAAAACGAAACGAGAGAGAGAGAGAGAGAGAGAGGAGGGUAGAGACGAAGGUAGGAGAGGAUGAGAAUAAUCGAAGAGAGAAGGGUAGAAUCUCGUCCGCGGAAUUAUUGCGUUUGGUCGGGACGUCCAACGAUCAUCCAACGAAUCUCUUGAAUGGUUAGUUCUAAUUUACUAGUUUUUAAUUAAUCCUCGACUUAUCGGGGCUUCAAAUCCUUGCUCUUUAAUUCUUAUUUAUUUUUUUUUUGUUUUUCUUUCGAACGUUUUAUGACCGAAAAAAUGAAGAGAAAUUGGGGAGAGAAAAGUUUUCGAGAUCGCGAAUAAAUGAUCGGGGGUUGUUUCUUCUACGAAUGAGUAAUCGUGUAAAAGAUGGAGAAAUGCCGCGGUAAUUUUGUAAAUAGCAGAGUGAAUUCUUCGUGUGCUUAGACUUGAAACUUGAAACGCAAUAGUGUUUGUAAUUUAUGAUGAUCAGUCAGGUAUAGAUAGGUUUGUUAUUAAUUGGCAUUUGAUUAUCGUUGUUGAUUAUCAAGGAUCGGUGAUUUUGAUCUUCGUUCAACGUGUUCUUACCUGGUUUCGGGUUCUAGAUCUUUAUCGCUCUUCAAAAACCCACCCAUCUCUUCACGCUUACCUUUUCUUUUUUUCCUUCAUGAAACGGGAGGAAUAAUUGAAUAUUAAUCGUUCACUUCGUGUGUCAGAGAAGUUAAGCGAAUCAAGUUAAAUCGGUUCGACAAUUAUCGAACAACCCGAUUCAAGCACCUUGAAUCAUCGCCAAACGACCAAAUUCUUUUCAAUCGAACCUAAACGUCCUCCUCAAAUCUUUCUUCUCUCGCCUUCCAAUUCCAAUCGUCUAAAUUUCCUCCCAAUCCCCCCUCUCCCUCCAUCAAAACGCAAAAAAAAAUCAUUCAUAUUCAUCGGUGAUUGUUUCGCGUGUAGCGCGAUACGUUUUUUUCUUUUUCCCUUUUUUUUUUUCCAUUGCAAAAAGCAAUUCCGCUCUUCAAUGAACGAUCCGCCGUUUCCCAACGGCCAAAUGGAAAAACCGAAACACGCGAGCAGCGGCGGAAACCCAAUCUACGGGGCCGUCAGAGCACGGCUGGAGAGCUCGUUAAAAAAUCAUCACCGAAUUAAAUCGAGUCGCCUUUCCACCAUGUAAACAACCACCACCUUUCCCCAAGCAAUAUAGAUUUUCGUGUAGGGCGACGGGGAGGGGGAAGAGGGGAGAGAGAGAGGAGGGAGGGCGACUUUCGGUGGCAGGCCGAACCCUCGAUAAUAGAUGGCACCCCUGGGUACCGCAAAUGAACCACGAAAUGCUGCCGGUGCGCAGGACCAACCUGUCAUAGGCCCUUUGCCGAGACGGUCCACCAUCUGUCCAAUGUGCGGAUGCAACGAUGCACUUGGAGAGAUAAGCUGGGAUACGGACAGAGAGAGAGAAAGAGAGAGAGAGAGAGAGAGAACGGGGUAACACGUCCGGGACGUGUUUAAUGUCGUUUCGAGCGAUCGUUUAUGAUAGACGAGGCGAUGAAGGGUGAAUCGUUCGUGGUUGACCGAUUAGAAACACGCCAAAUGGUGGACGAUCGACAAAUGUCGUUGUUUUGGCUUUGCUGCGCUUCUUCUUUUUUUUUUUUUUUUUAAUAGAAUAGAGGACGGUUUGGAGGAGAGAUUGAACGUGAAUGAUUCGUUUGGAAAUAUAUUUUUUGAUCUUGAUCUUUUAUAUGGUUAAACAUUAUAUUUAUUUAUCGUUGCUGCGUGCAACGCAAACGCGUAACGUAACGAGGACUGUUGAACACUGUGCAAAUAUUAUGAAUGAAUAUCUCUGCCUUGAAAAUUACUAGACAUAUACAUUAUUAAAAUUGUUAGAAUAUUACGCGGGACGAUUCGAUAUAUAUAUAUGUAUCUCUUUCGAGGAUCAAAUUAGAAAAGGAAAAAAUUUCAAUAUACGGGAAAUAUACUUUUGAAAUAAAUUUUCCAAUCGGCCAAUUGACAAAUUCUGUAAUCUUUCAUCGUAACCUCCGGUCUUUUCAUUAACGCGCAUUAUCGAGGCGAGCAUCGAUCGUGACAUAAAACGGUGGCUUCGCGUUAUAAGGGAUCGACGAUUGUUAAAGCGCCAAAUGGCGAUGGCGUGUAUGCGGGCUCGCGGAUAAUCGAGCGUGAAAUUUGAAAAUUUUCAUUAUUGCCGUAUGCGAGCGUUUCGGUCGGGUGAGCGCGGAAUGGAAUUUCGAAUCUUGCGUAAUGCGUCUCUGAAGAGUGGUUAAUGCGUGUGCACGCGUGUCACGUUUGUACACGCCGACGAUUGCCACGAUCGAUCGGUUAUUUAACGAUGCCGCGUUAUUGGCUCCUGAAGCUGUUAACGCGCGCGAAGAAUAAUUCUUCACGCUAAACGAUCUCGACGUUCAAUUACCGCCAAUGUAACGAAGUGGACGAAGCCUCUAACGAUGAUGAGAUAUCCGAGAAAAUUGAUAUUUAAAUUAUAUUUAAGAAUUUUUUUAUUUUAUCUUUUUUUUUCUUCUUCGUCUUCUUCUUCUUCUUUUCUUUUCCCACCUCCUUCCCUCGCCCCUCCCUCACCUCCUCCCUUUCUUCCCUCCCUCUCCCCCCUCUGUCGAAUUAUUUCGCGUCUUAAAUUAUACUCAAAUAUAAUCGAAUUGAAGAAAUUUUGGUUUCUUUAACUAGAAAUUUGCCGGUCGAAUGAGCAACUAGUAUCUUUUCUUGUAUAAAUGGAUUGCAAAAUAUUCAUCAUUUCUUAUUCCACGAUGUUAUGGAAAGAUUAUAUUUGGAUUGUACGUAUAUUUUAUUGUACCUGUUUGUACGUUUAAUUGUAGAUAUUCGUUCGAGAAUCUUGUUCUUCUUAUCUUAAUCUUCUUAACAAUCGUCAAAAUUUCAAUUUUCGUUGUUCGGCAAAUAACAAAAAUACGUGGCCACACAACGUACGCAAAAAUUAAAUAACAACGAAAUUGGAUUUCGUUAAACAUCGCAGUUACGCUUUAAAAACCGCUCUCCUUUUUUUAACAGAAAAAUAAUGGCGUCCAAUUACAUCACUGUCCGAAAUUAAGUCUCCCUUAUAAUUUCGCGGCUGUGCUUAUCCUUUUUUUUUUUUUUUUUGUUUAAACAAACAAUUCAUCAGGGUGGUGCGCGACGCGAAAUUUUGCCGCUUUUAAAAAUAAUUGCAAAAAACGGAGGGAGGUUGGAUCGUGGCCGUUUUCGGUGCCAUUAUGUCACGGCCCGCAUAAUUAACGACGGCCUCUUUCUCGCAAUUUUCUGCACGCCCGAUUACACGCCCGUGCCCCCGGGCUAAUUACAAUUUUCGCCGGGUAAUUUAAAUUAUUUCAACGUGGACGUCUAACACGCGUGUUUUGGAACCAUUGAAAAAGCAUUCGUUGGACCGUGCCGGCCAAAAAUCCGCAUCGUAAAUCCUCGGACGCGGUGCCAAUCAACUUGAUGGAGAAUCGCUGUUUUUUGUUUAUUCGUUGUCCCGAAACAGUACAUUGUUGGCACGAAUGCGCGCCUCUCCCUCCUCCUCCCUCCCCACCCUCGAACAAACCGCCCCAACCCGCACGAUCCGUGGAUAUACAGUGGGUACAAAAAGUAUUUGGCCACAAGUAUUGUCUCGGCGUUUACGGCUAGGAAAGAGACGUGGGUGUAGAUCUUGACGAGAAUGACGGAUUGAAUGACGUUUUCGAUUUUGGUUAUAAUACAAUUUCAUUCGAUUGUAUAAUAGUUGUGGGAUAGAUAAAGGAUUUUUAAAAUAGGAUUACGCAGGUAACAGAUUGAUAUUGAUGCAUCUGAAUGGUAAAUUUAUUGAAUUAAAAUUUGAGAGAGAGUUAAUGAAUAAAUGCCUUUUGACUUUUUCCUUUUGACUCUUAUCCUUUGUCUAUUUCAGAAGCGAUUUAAUUUUAUAUACUGGAUAAAACGAAAUAGUAGAAUUUUAGAGGAACAAUUUUUAUAAGAGGAAUCGAUAAAUUGGCGGGUUCUCAAUCCCUCGAAGAUUAAUUAGAUUCUUCGUAUCUUUGCAGAAGAAUUUGAUACAAUUUGACGGAAAUAAAUUGUAAAAUUUAACAAAAAUUUAUUUUUCAUUGGAAGAUAAGAGUAUCUGCGAAUACUUUUUGUAGCCACUGUAUCCGAGAGAAGGGGGUAACACCUUCCCCCUUUUCCAUCGUUAGCUAGCGUUAAAUUAGAACUGUCAUGGCCGACCAAAGUGGAACAGGGACGGGGGAAGAGAGAGAGAGAGGGAGAGAGAAAGAGAGAAAGAGGAAGGAAGGAAGGUAGGACGGAAGAAAGGAAGAGAAAACGUGCUUUUCGAAUAUUUAAACCUAACCUAGGGAAAACGUUCAAGUGGCUCGUUUCCAAACGAAGUUUCCUCGUUAAAGGAUUUUUCGAGCUCCCUUUCGACAACCUCGACCCCUCUAAGACGUUCGAAAGUCGACGAACUUUGGAGACGCGACGGGCAAUUGGAACUUGUACGGUGAACUUUUCGAUGAAAGAUUCAUCUGCCCACGCGAAACGAUAGUUUUAAUGCUGAAAAGUUUUCUCACGCUCGUUCUUCUCGAUAAUUAAACACAGUUUUGUUUUAAAAGAGUUGGGGAAGAAAAAUUUCAUUAGAUUAAUCAUUAAUGGUUCGUUUCAAGUAUAGUUUUUACAUUAAGAAUUAACAAAGUGUGUUUUAUCGCGAUCCGUGAUAAGAAAUGAAUAAAUUUGUAAGUAUAUAGAAUAUACUUACAAAUAGUUGAUGAUUGUGGCGCUAGUGUCGCCCGACUGGUCGCCAUAACGUUAACAAUCAUUCAUCGGGAUUCAAAGAUCCGAGGGAAUCAUUGGUAAAAAUUUUACUACAUCGUAAUUUCCCACGAAUAUUAAUUUUCAAAGCAUUAAUUAUUCCUACAUUUUCAACAAAUCUAUAUCGUUUCGAGGUUUCUCUCAUCUGAAACCUCUUCAAACUUCCAUUUUCGAUUUUCAAAAUCCUAAUUAUUCCUUAUAAUCAAAAACCUCUCCAAGAGAAUCUAAUCUAAAAUUCAUCUUUUCGUCAAUUUCAGCAAUCAUAGGAGGAAAAAACCUUUCGAAUUCGACCCUCCCUCCUCAAGAUCCACAAAAAAGGUCCCGAAAAAGGAGGGAGGGAGGAGGGGAGGGGGACAGCUAGCCUCGAACAGCGCGACGUUCGAGGUUUUCGAAAAUUCCGAUAAAAUAUCGGCGCGUCAUCGAUACUCGAUGGCCGAGAACACGGGGGAGGGGGAGCAGAUACGGGCCGCUGAUGCAUUUUCGUCAUAAAUAACGAGCGGGCCGCGGCGAAUAAAUAAAUGCCGGUGCGUGAUCACCGUAACUCACAAUUAUGGCGGGCCGGUUUUCACGGCGCCGAUAUGCAACCGUGCACAAUACACGCCGUUCGCCCGUCACUUUUAAUUUCGCGGCCGGCCCGUUUGACACGUUUUGAUUUGCGAUUUAUGACCGCGUUCGAUAUCCCUCGGGAGACCGAUCCCUUUCUCCCUCCGCCACCGCCUCCCCCAACCCGCCCCCGCCGAUGAUUUGUGCCUCUUUCUCUGUGUGUCUUCUGUGUGUCUUCCGUGUGUGUGUGUAUGUAUGUUUUUUUUUGAAUUAUAGAUACUUUUAUCACUAUCCAGGUGGUCACCUGUGCUGUCCGUGAAAUAUACGUAUAUAUGUGCGUGUAUCGGAUGAAUAAUAAUUCGUGGCUUUUUAAGACUGGUUGGAAAGUGGUUGGUGUAUAUUUCUUGAAAAAUGAAUUUUGUCGAAAUGGGACUGGAUUUAGCGUAGUGAAAUUCGGGGAGGAAUUGAAGGCGUGCUUUGGUUGGAUUGAAGAAAGAAAGGGAAGAUUUAUUUUAAACGUUGCGGUGGAUUGUUUUAGUGGAAGAACUUAUCAAUUCUUGUCGAUUAAUAUUUUUUGCAUUUUUCAAGAUAUUGUUGCGAUAAAAUCUACGAAAAAUUUACGAAGAGGAAUAUACUUAAAUCUAGAUAAAGAAGAAAUAGUUUUACAGAAUUUUUAAUAUUGAGUAAGUGAACCAUUUGAAUCAAUCUUACAUAAACGGAUCAAAUUUAUAUAUUAUAUAUAUAAAUGGUGAUUAAUGUUAAUAAUUUUCUAUAUUAUUAGAGAAAGUAUAUUUUUACAUGGAUUCACAUUACAUUAACUUCAAGAAAUCAUACACUAUCGUGCUAUCAUUUCGUCGCUUUUGUAUUAAAAAAAAGGAAAAAUUAUGAACUGCCUCUAUCAAUUUAUUUUCCUUAAUCCUAAGAAAUCUGAUUCUAGAAAAUCUCAAUAACAACCCUUUAAAAUCACGCUUUGGGUCGAUAAUAAACAGCGAUAAAGCGAAUACAGCCACCAACAGGCGGAAUUUCGCCAGAACUCCAUACCAGCCCCUCGUUAAAAAUACUUCAUUUCACUUCGGUACAUUCUUUCGCAGUUUCGCAGUUUUCACGGGCCAAUUUCUGCCUCCCCUGGUUUUCGUUUCUCGCGUUUACUCUUUUACGGUACACGGUUAACUGCGACUUUAUAACAGGGACGAUUAUAGUGGAAAGCUAAUUUCCAACUAGCCGAGAUCUCCAACUCCUUCCACUCUCUCUCUCUCUCUCCCUCUCUCUCCCUCCCUCUCUCUGUAUCCAUCCCUAUUCCGCAGCUAACUUCGUUAAUGUAUAAUCCGGGGUGGCUCCCCGGGGCUGCGUUGGCCGUGAUAUAAAAUCAGUAAGCUUUAGUAAAUUUCGUUUAAACAAUCCAGUAAACAAUUUUCCGCCGCUCUGCACGGCAAAGUAACGGCACCCUGGUGGCACCUGUACGCCUGCAACACUUUCUACCCCCUGGCAUUUACCCCUAUCGUCGACCUCUCCACCACCACCACCCUCCUUUCGCACUUCGACGUUCUUCGUUCGCGGAGGAACCUUCAUCUCGUCGGAGAAACGUGUCGUUGUCCGUCAUCCUGGGAUUAAUCUAAGAGUUAAGCGUUCGCCGUAAGUUUUUAAGCGUGACUUUUUCUUAUUUGGAGGAGGAAUAACCUUGGACGAUUUAUGAAAUAUUCGUAUUUAUUCGUUUGGAAAGGUUGGUUGGUGUUCGAUGAUGGGACGAAGUGGGAAUAUUGGAAAUAUUUUGGGUUGGUGAAGUAGUAGCCGAGUAAUAGGGUACUUGAAAUUUGAAUUUUUUGGAAGAUUUAUGAAACUGGUACGUCUGAUUAAUCUGGUAAUUAAAGAGGAUGGGGAGUUAAUGUUCGUGGAUGAGAUAAUGUAUUGGAAAUAUUGUAACAGAUGAAGCAGUACUUAAAAAAUAGUAUUUGAGAUAUGAACGUUUCAUGAAAAUUUAGGAAGCUAGUGUUUUGAAUAAUUUAACACAAUUGAAGUUUGUAUUGUGUAGAUGGUGGAUUGGAAAAAUAGAAAUUUGUGGGUGAAACAAUUUUGAGUAAAUAGUAUUUGAAGUAUUAAUACUUUUGGGAGAUUUACGAAGAUUUAUUGUUUGUAGAGGAAACAGUGUAUCGAAAAUAUUAAAAUUAAUGUGGGUAAAUUAAUUGUGGACAAUGGUGAUUUGAAGUGACGAAUAAUGUGUGUUUUUAUUUGCAUUUCUUUUGCAAUUCUUUCACAACAUUACAAAUAUAUGUAAAUAUAUGCAUGUGAAAGAAAAAAGGUGGUUAAAUAAAUAUUUUAAAAUACGAAACGUACAUAAUAAAAUUUAAAAGAUAAUUCUUUCAUUAAGAAUAAAAGAUACAAACUAUCAUUAAAGAAGAACGUGAAGAAGAAAGACAUUCUACAAUAAAGACGUGGCCAUUCUUCCAUUCUUCGACACGAGUCCAGCAUUUUUCUUGAAACGUUUGCAAUACGUGCCACGUUCUUCCAAUCAACUAUAAUUUUUCCACUCUUCAACAAGAAUUUCUUCUUCAUCUUUUUGAAACUUAGGUAGAAUUUGAAGAGAAACUGACCAAAAUAUCGUAACCGAUCAAUGUAUCGUAAAAGUUACAUACUAGAAUUUUUCUAUCCUCUUUGAAACUUUGAAACAAAAUUACGAAAUAAUUCUCACACACUUCCAUAUACCUAAAUUCUUUUAAUUAGGAAAAAUUACAAAUUCGAGAUAUUAUCUUUUCUACUAUAUUAAAAUAAAACAUCUACGAAAAAGAUUAAUCGAAAGAGAUUCUAAGAAGAUUCUUGAUUGGAUUAGAAAAUUUUUCUGUCCCCUCUACAAAUAAUAAAUUCGAAACUCUGGUACACAAAUUGAAAAGAUCCAGGGUCUAUAGAAUCCGUACGAACGUUUGACCAUUUCAAAGAUACAAAGAGAGAGAGAGAGAGAGAGAGAGAGAUAAAAAGAGAGAAAGAGAAAUAGAAAGAGGCCCAUCUUGAACGAGCAGGAAGCUCGGCGAAUAUUUAUGGGGGUUCCAUAUGCCGAAUCGCCACUGAAAACGGACCGAUCGACCCAUCUGGUCGAAGUGGCGAUCGUAAUGUCCCGCCGGUUAUCACCUAUAAUUUGAGGAUCUCGUAUCGGACCCCGCACGUUCGCCAAUGGGCAAUUAUUCAUCGGUCAAUUUGGUUCAAUUCGCGGCAAUUCGCGGGAUCUCGCCAAAGUGAUUGUCACGGAUCUUAAUUCGAUAUGCUUAGGUCGGUAUUUGUAUUUAUCGUUUCAUGCUACGCUCGAAAAUUAUAACUUUUCUCCUCGAAAAGUGUAAUCUAAUUGUAAAAAUUACCAUCGAACGGAAUUAUUCUAAUUCUUCCAACAAGUUGAUUCACUCUCCCCGUCAAUUGGAUUAAUAUAUCAAUCUGAGAUUGUGACUAUUUCAAAUUUCCAAGCCACUUUUCACAAAAGAGAAAAGUAUAUAAAUUUUCGGUCCCGUUUUCACAAUAUCCGAACAAUUAACAAUAAAAUCUUCUAAACGAAGAAAAAAAUCUUCCCCUUACCGAUCUCUCCCCCUCUCUCGUUAUCGAUCUCCCUUCGGCGCAACGACACCUUCCACCUUCGAUCCAUCAUUCCAACCCCCUCGAUCAAUCAUCAUCCACACUAAAAAUUCUCCCCGUGAAAAACUCUCCUCCCGCGUACUUGUCUCGAGCACCCACUAUCUCCCCCUCCCCUCUCAUCCUCCGAUCGUAUCCAUCCUCUCCUCGAAUGCGGUGGCCGACCGUAAUUGCGAGAGCGAGAAGUUGGAAGGGGGAAGGAGGGCCGACAAAACGGUCGUAAUUAAAGAGCGCAGCCGCGAAAUCUUUCCACGUCAAAGGAACGAUAUUUAUACGGUGCUUCCAGCAUCCGUGAAAACCCGCUCAUUGUUGGCGGGGGCCCGGGAAUCGCGAUUGCCGAGGAAAUGCAAUCGCCAUGAGAAAUGCGACCUCGAGGAGAGGGAUGCUCGGGCCACUCGACGUGCGGGGAUGAAAGGGUGGAAGGAGGAAGGGGGAAGGAGGAGGAGGAGGAGGGAAAGGUGUGGAGCGGGGCAUAAAAGCUACCGUGGUGGUGCCCGAGACGGAGUAUAACGUUUAACAUUUAAGCCUUUAGAAGGUUGUAAGGUUGGCUCCCUGUAAUUAUCGCCGAGGCGCGGCGCCUUGAGGUCUUCAUUAUGGCGAGCAUCCUUGUUAUUUCUCUCUGUACCGAGCCUCCAGUCGGGUCUGGUUUUCUCCUCGGUUGUGCGUACGCGCGACGAGAGGCGGAGAGGGGCUGGUUGGAGGGAAAAAAGGGUUUUGGUUGGGCGUCGUAAAGCAUGGGGAAAAAAAAAAGGAAAGGAGAAGGCGAAGGCUUCAGGUUGUUGCGACUCUUCGCGGUUCUUUUUUACUACUCUUGGACGGAGUAACUCUUGGUCGGAGUGUCGCUUGAAGAGAUUGAAGGGGAGAGAGAGAGAGAAAGAGAGAGAGAGAGAAAGAGAGAGAGAGAAAGAGAGAGAUAUUUUCGUGGAGAAGGGGAGUCGAAGUUCGAGAUGAGCGUUGUUUACAAGGAUUUGUUGAUUAGAAUUCGUUGUUUUUUGAUUAAACAGACGGCAACAGAGUUGGAAGUUGGAAGGAUGAAUUUAUGCUAUUUCUUCCAAGAAAGGUAAGAUGUAUGUGACACGUGCGAAGGUAAAUUUAUGCAAGAAUUUGCGUCCUCUUAUAAUAUACGUAAGAGGUAGAACAGAGGAUGUAAAUUAGAUCAGCCUACUCGCCUGGAGAAUUACAUUGUAAUUGCAAGUUAAACGUAAGGAAGAGCAAGUGGAUUUUCUGGGAUGGAAACCAGGACCGAUCGACGAGUCUCCCUCCCCCCAGUUCCUCCAUCGCCAUCCUCCACUUUGAAGAGAAUGUACCUGUUCCGUACACGACGCCUGUUCCAUCAAGCCUCCACGGCGUCUCAAUAAUCAUCGCGGUCUUUCACGUCAUCGCGAGCAAGCGUAAAAUCGUAAUCCAAUUUGUCUGGAGUGGCCGCAACAGGGCGACGAGGCCGAGCGAAUGAAGUCAUCGCGGCUUCGCCAGGGCUUGGCCGUUUAAUCAUCAUAAAUUUCGCGGGGAAACCGCGAACCGUCCCCUUUCUUACCGUCCACUUUGUUCCUGGACCCGUGAGACCGCUUCCAACGCUCACCACGACGGCCCCAUCCUGGCCACGGAGGUUUCACUUUGGUUGGUUGGACGUUCUUCCGCUUCGUGUGUCUCGAUUCGCAAAGCUGAGAAGUGGUGGAGGAUCUUUGGAGUGUUUCUUUCUUCCUUUUUAUCGAGACGCUUAAUGAUACUUAAAAAGAGGAAGGACGUUUCAGAAGAGAAAUGAAGAUGAAAGGUGUCCAACUCCCGAACGUCAUCCUCCAUGUUCGAUGAUCAAUCAUCCCCAGAAAGCGGUACGGAAAGAUGAAUCCAUCGUCGCGAAACAUUUAUUCGUACAAUGCAUAAUAAGAUGUCCGCUUCCACCACUUCCAUCGGCAUUCAAAGAAUAGCCUCGUCCAAUCGGAGUGCACAGCUCACCGAAGAAAGGGAUUCUAACAUGUCUGAAAUCUUGGCGGGAGCCGGGGACAAAACAUUCGCAGCGACUGGUUUGCCAGAACGUAUAAUAAGAGUGUGAUUAGCAUUAUUUACGGCCGGUUAACUAUUAACCCAUAAAUCAACCGGAGGACUACAUUAUCCGAGCCGUGUGUUGGUGAGUGUCCGGUCGCCUCUGCGUCUCUUCUCUUUCGAAGAAGAAGAAGAAGAAGAGGAAGAGGAAGAAAAAGAAGAGGAGGAGGAGGAGGAAGAAGAAGAAGAAGAAAACGGUACCGUACCGAGGUGUGCGGACGUAGAUGUAGAUCGUCUGGACGAUAAGGGGCGAGGAGGAUUCGUGAGUCGACGAACGAUUCGAGAGGCGAGAGAGGGAGAAGGAUAUGGGGGUGGAAAGGUCGAAAGGAAGAAGAGGAAGAAGAGGGCGGCCUUCUUUUUUCGUGAUUUAGGAGGACACGGUGCUUCUUCUUUCCUUUAUCAGCCGCCCCUUUCCCUUCUUUUCCACGCUGGAUCUCUCUCUUUCUCGAGCGCGAAUUUCGAGCGGAUUACGGUGAAUCAGCUCAACACCUCUGGAGCAGACGUGGCCCGAUCUAAGAUGAAUCUGGUGAGAGUAUUUGGCACAAACUGGUUCAAACUUCGACCAAGCCCGAAUAUUUCACAUCUUCUCGAUACUAUUAUUAUUAGAAGAAUAGAACUAAAACUCAAUUGAUAGAAACACUACCGAAUUAAUCACUUGAAAAAGUUUGGAAAUUUUCAUCUCCUCUACGAUCGAUUAAAACAAAUCAAACCUCGUCAACAACUCCAACCAACAACAAAACAAAACCACCAAACCACUUGAAACACUCGACCUCAUCCCUUCGAGGUGCAAAGCAUCCCCCCACCAUCGAGCUAACUAAAUAAGAAAUCUUAUGUACCCAUCGCGUUUCCAAGGAUAUCCUCAGCUCGUGAAGCGAAGGGCCCAGGGCGUCUCGCGGAUCCUCUUAAAUAAAUUCCCAUAAAACAGCGGCGGUGGCUUGGUCACGUUGGCUCUUGCAUCGUAUCUGCUUCCGUAUUCGAGGCACGAGAUCCUGCCUGGUGGUACGUCAUUCGCCCUGUCGCUAAUCAGAACUAACCGCCCGAGCGUGACUCGAAUCCCCUAUCGACGGGACGAAUACAGUGGAGAAACUCGUGGAACCGAAGUCGAAGGAUAGAAAACGUUGGAGACGUUGUGGUGGAUGUAAGGGGGCAAGAAGAAAGGAGAGGAAGAGAGGAGAGAAGCGUAGUAGACACCUCGUUGCAGCAGCCAUCUUUGCAUCUCCCUUUCACCGGCAACCCCAUUUUUGCGCUCCUGUUAUGGCCGUUCCUCUCCUCGCGAGCUAAAGUCCUUCUAUAUAUAUAUAUAUAUAUGUUCUUCCACCAUCCCCUUUCUCUCCUCUUGCCUCUUUACAACUCUUGUCCCUCUUCGUUCGUUCGCGAUUCUCGUGCCGGCAAUUAGACUUGCAAAGCAACCGCGAAUCUCGAGAUACUCGGCUUCCGGGGAUGGAGAGGGAGGGAAAUUUUUGCUUCGUAGGAGAGGAGAAACCGUGGAUCGUCGUCCUGAAGUCGAGGUGAGGUUCGCGUGGGAGUGGAGAGGUGUGGAUUGGAAGGAUUUCGAAAGUGGAGAGGGUUUUAUUUUUUUUCGAGAAAGAGAGAGAGUUAGAUGGGGUGGGGAUAUCGAAUGAACGAGCGGAAAUUUUUUUGGAAUCUGACAAAUUUUAUUUUUCAAUCUUUUUUCAGUCGAACUGGUAAAUGGACGAUUCGAAAUUUCAAGAAGAUGAAAAGAUUUUUGGAGAUAUUGUUAAAAAAUGUUAAAAAUGCAUGAAAUUAAUCGAUCCUCGAAUCAAUAUUAAUAGCGAAAAACAAUUUAACAAUUGAUUAAUUUUUAAAAACGUAUAAGAAUGUUCGUCUUUCGUUUGAAAAUUCGAAGAUAGGAGAUGUCAAAUUCUGAAAUAGUCAUUCGAGCUCAACUGUCAAUUGUAAUUAUUACAAAACAUUCGCAGAAAACGUUUAAUCGUAAUAUCUAAAAUUAUAACUGUUCCUAGGAGAAGAGAGAGAGAAAGAGAGAGAGAGAGAAAAGAAAAAUAUGCUCUAAAAUUUUGCUCCGAUUGACCAAGCGGAAAUUGAUAUACCUCGAUGGAUGGCUUAAUGUUUUCCGAAUCGAUAUCCGGUCACGAGAUAUAUUAUUACGUAACCGAGAUAUGAUGGCUCUAGCGAUCAAUGGAUGAACCGAGCUCAUGAAUUGAAAUUUCUCAAUGCAAGUACGGUCACGACCCCGUGGCCAGUUAACUGACGUUUGACAUCUUUAUCGCGUUUUGAUUGUGGAAAAAAAGCGGGACGAUCCGAUCGGUAAAACGAAGAAGGAAAAAAAAAAUAGGAUAGAUUAGAUGAGGAGUCGGGGUUAAGAACGGGGUUUGAGGCGCGUUCAUUAAAUCGCGACUCGUCAUCGUGACGAGUUUCCUUUGUCCUCGUUCAAUUUCCGCUCUGGCUCGUGACGUUUUUCAUAUUCAUCGAUCUUCCUUUCUCAUUUUUCUUUUCCUUCCUUUAAUCGGCAAACAUGUAAAACUUUAUCGCAAAAUAAUUUCUUCAUUAUCCCAAAUUGAAAAAGAUCUUACGGAUCGAUCGAAAUUUGCUGUCUAUUGUAAACUUUUACUCUUUUACUUUCUCGGUGAAAAUUCUUUUCGAGUAUAAUAAAAUUUCCUACAAAUUACGCAUUAUAAUUAAGAAAUUUCCAGAAUUCGUACAAUGUUAUUCAUACAGUCACGCAUGCAAUUAAAAAAUUCAAAAUUAUAUAAUUUAAUAAGCGUCGAAGCUCUCGUAAAGGGUUAUAUCAAACCCUUCUAAAUCUCCAAUUAAAAAAUGAAAUAUUCGAUCAUUCGAUCGUUCAUAUUUCAUUAUUCCAUUAAACGUCUUCUAUUUCGUCGUAGAAUAUCGUCGAAUCGAAAUCUUGAUUCGACGGAGCGGUCGCGGUGGCACGAUAAAGUCUCGAAGUAAUUAGCCCGAUGUUUACACAGUUUAACGUUUCCCUCCUAUCUCCUCGCCUUCUCUCCUCCUCCUACGCGGCUCAAUUAACUUACGGCACUUAAUUAGUCGUCCUGGCUCUUGGCACGCGGCAACGAACCGCGCCCGCUAAAUUCUUCUUCUCGGCUCUUAUCUGAAAAAUAAUUAUCUGCCGCCACCGGUAUGGAAUUUUUAUCGGGCAAAUACCCAACCCUGCAAAUAGGCUUCAACUGGACACGUACAAUCGUGCUUGAAUUUUUUCCCUCCCCCACUCGAUCGAUCGAAAAACUUGGAUUAUCUGGCUAUUGGGAAAGAUAAAUACAUCCGAUUAUAUUAAAGUAAAUAAAUGGAGGGAGGGGAGGAGAGGAGAAUAUUUUUUAUCAUUUCAUUUUAUUUUUCAUUAUUGUUAUUUUUAUUCUUUCUUCAAGGAUCGAAAUUAUGCUCCGCGCGAUUCAAUAGGGGAAUUUUAAAAUUUUCGUUCCAUUUCGUUUAUUAUAGCUGGUAUUAGUUUCAGUAUUAGCAUUUGCAUGGGUAAUACGAAAGAAAGAGAGAGAGAGAGAGAAAGAGAAAGAGAGAGAGAAUUUCGUGAUAUUGGAAAAAUCGGAGUGAUGAGGUUUUUUUUUCAAUUUUUUGAUUAUUUAAUCAAACAUACACGUGUCUAUUUAUUUGAUAUCGAAGAAAAAAAUCUGUUUGGAAGGAAACAAGUCUAGAAAGAAUACGUAAAAUAAAUCAUUUUAUUGAAAUGAAGUGAGAUUAAAGGAAAUAAAAAGGAAAUAAUCGUUAUCGAUUAUUAAAGUAGCACAAUAAAUUUAUCGUAUUCUUUCAAAAUAAUAGAAAAGUAACGAGAUAGAUCUACGACGUCAGCUUAAUAUCCGCCGAUUUGUACCACUUAUGAUAAUGCAAAAGUUAAACACGCGUAGAAUUACGUCGGAUUGAAUGAGUUAUAAAUUGAAACGAGCGGAAUGCGUUGACGCGAGUCGAAUAACCGGGUGCAUGUCGAGAUUCUAAUUUAUCAAUUAGCGGGUAAUUAGUGGAAACGCGCGCACUUUCAUUUGAAUCGUGUGUAUAUUUCUCUCUCUCUCUCUCUCUCUCUCUCUCUCUCUCUCUCUCUCUCUCUCUCAUCGCGAUCAACGCGUAAAGAAAAUCUAAACGCGUUCGUCUGCGAACCGUAUCAUUACACCAUUACACGUGUUUUUCACAUGCGCUCGAAUACGAUGGUGUUUUUCAGUCAGUGGGAUACAGAAGGAAAAACUUUGUCUCGGAUGGCUCUCAAUGGUGGCGAUAAAAAGAAUUCCAUGGUGCAGCAACGUAUGCCGGGAAUAAUUUAUUGUCGUAUUUAUCCAUUUAUUUUUAUUCAUUUAUUUAUUAUUCUUCCCGGUUAAUGAAAUAUAAACACGCUCGUCACAUUAUAUACGUGUAUGUCAUUAUUUAGUAAAAAGAAGUGAUAGCUCGUGAGAUGAAAGUAGUGGCCUUGAGCGCUCGUGAGAGUUUUCGCGCGUGUGAAGAGAAGAGGAAAUCGCAAUUAAAAAAGUGACAAAUGCACGGAUGGAAGUGAAAAUAUACUCGAAAAUUUCAAGGAAAGUUCUAAUUUAUCAAUUCGAGGAGGGGAAAUGUUGUGUCACGUCGUCUUUCAAAAUAAAUAAGUAAUUAUCGUAAAUAAGUAUGAAAGUUUCGCAAGUGUGGAAUAAAUUUCGUGAAUUAAGUUUAUGAUAAAGAAAGUUGCAAUAACUUUGGAACAAAUUGUCGAGGAAGUUGUAAUUUAUCAAUGAAACUCUUAUCCUCUAAUUACAUUACGUGAUAAAUAAUUCAUGCAUUCGAGUUAUGAUACUUGUGCGUGGAAGAAAUGGUAAUUUUGUGCAUAAUAUUCAAAUUUUUUUCUUUUUUUUUUUUUUUUUUUCAAGAAAUUUAUUUCUCUUUCAAUAUACUAUAUUGGACACGUUACUUUUAUAAAUUGUCCAAUAAUAAUUAAAAUGGUUGUAAAACUCAUAUUAAUCUCCAUUUUUUUUUUAAAUACAAAAAUUUAAAAAUAUUUCUAACCUCUAAGUUUCAAUUAAAAUUCCUUUUUACUCUCCACGUGAUACUUAAUUCUCUUCUUAACACGUCUAUGUUCUUUUUUUCUUCAGAAAAACUAAUAUUACUGUUCAAUAACGAAAAGAAGAAGAAGGAUAUCCUUUUCCCUACAAGAUAAAUAGAGGUGCCAAAUUAUACUCGAUAUAUUUUCAAUAAUCACGAAGAAAAUUUUCAAGAUUUACGUUAUCGAAACACAUUUCUCUCAUUACCAUCCUGAUCGGACAAAAAAAAAACUUGAAAAUCGAAACGAGAGCAAUCAAAAUCAAUCAAAUUGGAGCGACGAUCGAGAUGCCGAGAUAAUUCGUAAGAUGGCGCGGACUGUACUCAAAUUUGCCACGACUCUCUCUCGAACCGCGUCAGGGGCCGCGAAUCACCCCUCUGGGAAGAAGUUAUUCAUAAGAUUAUUUCCCAUUUUCGUCAUGGCGGCGCUGUAUCGUUAUUUAAGUUUUAUAUUAAACCACGUUACCACCCGCGCCGCGGUUUUUUGAUGGACGAGCGGCGCGUGUCCUGCUUUCCUUCAACGGAUUCCGCCUAAACGUGAGAUAUCGUGGCCCGAUCAAUUUUUCAUAAACGAACGUCCGCGAGUAGCGGGGAAUUUUCACGCGACGUCAGGGAAAUUCGACCCGUCGCCACGGCCGUUUUUCUUUAUUACAGAACCCGAGAACGACGCGCACCCGUUUUUAUUGGCUCGAUAAAAUCGUCUAGUCCGACAUAAUUUUUGCUCCCAUUAUAAUUGGUGACGAGUUUCCUCGCAUUAUUUAACUCUUGAUUGAUGGAAAUAUUUUGAGAAUGGAAUUAUAUAAUUUUUUUAGAGAAGGGGAAUAAUUUAGAAUUUGUUAAUUGAAAAUUUGUAUUCCGUAUUGAUAAAAAUACGUGAUAAUUAUUCGUUGUAUUAUUCGAUAUUAUCUUCUAUUGGUAAUUUCGAGGAUGGAAUAUCUUGGAAUUUUUUUGAAUAAUAAUUCAGAAUUCGUAAUUUAUAAAUUGAUAUUUAAUAUUUCUUAUAAUAGCUUUUUUAAAUAUAUUUUUAUUAUAUUCUCCACUUUUAGUAUUAUAUUGGUUUUAAAUUGUAAUUAGUAUGUUGAAAUAACUUGUAUUACACCAUAGUUUUAUUUCCUAAGUUGGAUUUAACACUUACUAUGAUUCUUCACUUUUUUUUUAUAUAUCUUUUUUGAUUCUUGUUCGAUCUUUUUAAAUUUUUCGUCUUAGUUGUUUCGAAGUUGUCCGUGAAAUUCAUUAUAUUCGUUGGUGUAUUUACAUGUAAGCUCGGUUAUUCCUCAGGGAUCAGCAACACGUACGCGUAGUAGACGUUACUCUUUAAUUUUCUAUUACGCAUACGUGAAUUAUUUUUUAUACUCGCCAAAAAAGUUCCAUUAAAUAUAUAUAUAAUGAAAAGAACGACAAAUUUGUUUUUUUCAUAUUAGGACAUUUCAUGCAUAUUAUUGAAUUUCUAUUUUUUAAAUGAUGAUGGCAUUAAAUAAAUUGUGAUUAUUUUAUAUUUUUUGUAGUCGAUUUAUUAUUUGGAUUAUGAACAUUAACACAUUUGUUCUUUGAAGAGUGAAAUGUAUCUUUCACUUGAAAUAAUGAUAUUAGUUUCGUUUCGAGAUUUAAGUAGUUUUAAGAUAAAUUGGAUAGAUAAUCUUUUACUUAUUUUUACAAUUAUGCCGAACGGAACUUUCAUAGAAAUGAAAAAAUUUAAUUAACAAUGUAGGUUAAAGGCGUAAAUCAUCUUCAAAAUCAUUAACACAUUAUUCUAUUACUGCAAGUGGAGAAAAUGAAGAAUACUUUACAAUUACUCACAUAAAUUCUGUAUUUCGUUAAUUAUUUAUUUAUUUUGAUUUCUAUGGCCUACUUAGAAACAUUCUGCAUUUGUUAAUCUUCAAGACUUGAAGCAAUGAACGUAAGCAAUGAUCAGGGAAUAUUUUUCUAUUAAAUUCUCUUAAUUAACAUUAUUCAACGAAAUUGAUCAAUCUUUUCAAAAUAAUAUUCAAUACCCAUUGAAAAAAAUUAAUUAAAAACUAUCCAUUUAUUCAAACUUUCUGUGUAACUUCGAACCAAGUUCCAAACUCUUAUUAAUUUUCUCCAAACUCAAUCAAUUUCAACAAAACAAUAUUCACUUCUCGCCAAUAAAUAAUUAAAAAAUCAACCCCUUUCUCCAAAUUAAGUUCACUCGUUCUCCCGCAAACUCAUCAUCCACUAUCCACUAAGAACAAAGAAAGAGAAAAAGCGAGAGAGAGAGAGAGAGAGAGAGAGAGAGAGAGAGAGAAAGAGAGAGAGAGAGAAGAAAACGAACCAGAAUAUUUUCCCAAAUAUUAAAUUCUCCCGAGCCAUUUUCACCACCUACGCCAGAAACCAGAUUCCGUGAAACCGAAAAGAAUCCAGCGGGCUCCGCUUUAAUCAAGGUCGGAUCUUCGUUUUCCCCACGUCCACGGUCAGGCUAUCAAAUACAAUCACCGAACGUGCGGCAUCUUUUCUCUCCUUCCCUUCCUCCCUCCCUCCUCCCUCUCCUCCUCCUCCUCCUCUCCGGCCUACGUCCACCCACCCACCUCGCCAACAGUCGAUUCGUUCCCGCUCUCACGAAUUGAAUCCACCCUUGUGGUGGUGGUGAAGCCGGCUUCCGGAGGGAAGAUGAAGGAGCGGAGUGAGCCAGGGUUGCCAGGGCAACCACCGUCGAGAAACCCUCUCUGUCGUUGCCAGGGCAACCUUCGUCGACCGACGAUCCCUAAAUAUGCGCCACCGGGCCAGAAGUGGCGCGAAAGAGGGUGGAACAGGGUGAGAAGAAGAGACGAGUUGUAAGAAGAGGGAGAAUUGGCGGUACAGGGAGAGAGAAAGAGAAAGAGAGAGAAAGGGAGAGGGAGGGAGAGGGAGGAAGAGGGAGAGAGGGAGAGGGAGACAGUGGCUCGACACUGGUUGGCGGAAGGAGCGUGUGAUGGUGGGUUUGGUAACUGUUACCAGGGAAGGUGAGGAGACCCAGUUAAUUACUAAAGCGUUUUAAUCGUCGGCAAAGUUCCGACGGCACUCAGGAGCCCCGGCCAAAAGGGGUUCGGAGAAUGUGGCGGCUGUGUAAAUUAGGAACUCGCCAGUUUCUCCGUACUACUGUGCGCCGAGUUCCACCAAGUUUUGGGUUGAACUCGGUUGCGCGGUUUGAGAAACGGAUGUCGGACGGAUUAAGCGGCACGUGGUUAACUCGUGGAGGAGAGACAUUUUUAUUUUCCAUUUGAAAUUUGGAAUAGAGAGGCGCGCGAAUAGAGAGGGCAAUGGGAAUUGGACGUGGAGAUAAGUAUCGAGAGUGAAUUUUUCAUUUGAAAAUUUGAUCACGCACAAGGAAUUAUUUGUACAACACGGGAAUAGGAACGAGGAAAUAAUUAUUGAGAUGUAAACUCGUGGCAAGCAUCGAGUGAAUAUUGGCAACGACAAUUUGAUAUCCACUCCGUCCCACGGAUUCUUGUUGACGAGAAAUCGAUCUCUUGAAAAAUUUCCGCCUAAGGAAACAGUCGGACAAAAUAUUGAUAACGAUCGAUUGGAUCGAGUUGGACUUCGACUUGGAAUAUCGGGAAGAAAUUACAAAUUUUUCCAAAUUUGAUUGGAAAGACAAUUGCGUUGCUCGAUUCCGGGCAAAUAGACGAGAAAACGCGGGCCAACCGAGAGCCAUCCUUUCGUCCCGACGUUAAAUAACUUUGCUUAACAAGGUGCCGCCGCUGUAAAAAGAUUACGUAAGCGGUAAUGGCCGCCGGCUCCUCCUAAAUUCGAGAGAACGAAGAGUUCCAUCCGGCGAGAGUACCACCGCGAGCCGUGGUGGAACCGUGGAAGAGAGAGAACACACGGGAACAGAAAUGGCGAACAGUGUGGCGGCAGGGUGGAGGGAGAAGCGACACGACGAGCCAGGUGGCGGGGGUUAAUUUUAAUUUCCUAAUUUUUCCCACCCCGAGGCGCAGGUAAUUUCCUCCCCAGAAGAGAAUAGAUGUAAUUACUUAACGCCUCCGAGCUCUGAGCUCCUCUUAUUAAAAGAGGAUCGUGCCCUCGAGGGCUGGAGGGGUGGAAGAUACGCCUCUGGUGGGGUGGUGGGGGGGAGGAGUGGUGGAGGCACAACAAUCGUCGGGAGAAACGAUCGCGAAGAAAGGGAAACGUUGUCGGCCUCGUUCCAUCGAAGAUGGACAACGUUGGUCGAGUUUCUUUCUGUUAUACUUUCCAUCUUCGAAAGCAUCUCCCUCCUAACUCGUUCCGAUCUAAAAAAUUUAUCCCAUCUGUAAUAAAAAUUCUCCUUGAGCGCGGGAUGUAUACUUGUAAUUGCAUAUUUAAAAAAAAAAAUAAAUAAAUAGAAACGAAUAGAAUGAAAAAAAAAAGAAAUAAGCGAAGGAGAGAAAAUAAGAGGAGGGAAAAUAUGGAGGACGAUUUUUCCCGGAGAAGAAAAUUUCUAGCUUCAAGGAAGAGUGUAUCUGGCGGAAUUGGAGGCUAAGGUCGAAGCUGUUGGCCAGGCUCCUCGAGCCAGGGGUGGUUUCCCCGAACGCAGUGGGGAAGGGAGGAGCCAUCUUGCGGCUGGUUUCAGGGCAGCCACCAAUUGAUUCAUCCCCACCAGGGUCGCUAUUACCGGGAGGAAGGGGCGUCGAUUCAAUUCCAGGGCAAAAAAACCGUGCACGAGGCGGAGUUCGCUUCGUAAUCCAUCCGUCCCCAUUGGCCGGGAACGGAGUGGCACCCGUGAACCCGCUAUCCGGCCGGCCAAUCGGGUGCCUCUGGGUGGCGAUCCAAACCAGUUUCAAAUCCAUAGACAGAGGGGAGCCGUUGACUUCGCUCGGCAGCCAGAUAGUGCUGUGCCGUUGGCUCGUGCCGUAGUGGUCCUAAACACACUAACAGGUCCUUGCCAGGCCGAGGAAUCCCUGGAAUCCGUUCGUCGCGCGAAUUGGCCGAAUUCGAACCACGCACCCGCCGAAACACCCCUUUUUUGGUGACUCUAAUCUCGUCAGCUGAUCAGUGUUUUCGUGGCCGGCCAAUUACGUAACCUCAGGUGCGAUCGCAUUGUCCAGGCGUUGUCUUUAACAAGUGUCAUCCCUCUGACUUCAGUGAUUUUGUUUGAUCUGUGCUUUGCCGAGAUGAUCCUGUUUCACUUGGUGACUUUUACAAGUUCGGUGCGUUGAGGGAAAAUGGACAUUCGGGACGAGGAUUGGACAGGAUCUUAGACUGAUGAGGUUAUAACCUGAUUUUUCGAUGAAAUUGUUUUCAGUGAUCGAGUGAUAAUUGUCGGGAAAUUGUGACGGAGAAAGGGUCCAUGGAUUGUUGAGAUUGAUACACGAAUAUUGACGAAAUAUCGCUCGAAUAAACUGAUAGUUUUAACUGAUCGUUUCAUGGAUUUAAAAUUGUUGUUGUGAAGUUUAUCGAGGACAUUGGUAAAGAAAAAAAGGAAGUAAAAGACUGAAGAGAUAGAGAUAAAAGAUCUCGGAGAAAGAAAGCGGAAAAUUUAUUAAAAUCUUUCCGCCGAAGAAUCAUUUAAAAAAGCGGAAAAGACUGGUUACCAUAGAUAGACAGAAUUCUCUAAGCACGCUUUCCGACGGGUGUCGACUUGCCACAACCACGUUAACACAAUCCGUCUUCACAUCUCCGCGAACCAUUGGAUCUCCUUACAAAUAUGAACACCAUUUUAUCCACGUAUUUCUAAAAAUCUUUAAACUCCAUUUAUUCCAACACCAAAUCUCUCCUAUAUAAGAUGUAAACAAACAAAGUGUCUACAACAGUCCAUAUUCAGACAAAAACUUAUCGACAUCGCACGUGUGCAACAAUAAUAUCUCGGGGCUUCGAGAGUUCCAAGAAAAACUUCGCAACACUCGCCAGUUCAUAUGAAGGAACCGCGGCCAUCUCGCUCGUAGUGCGUCAUCGAGCUCGGAAGGAUAUAGAUGCAAAAUAAGUGAGAUCUCUCCAGCGGAGAGAGAAACAGUCGCCACGUUGGUACCAAACAUGGUCCUGGAGCCAGGAGGUGGUCUGUCCUUCCCACUGCCUCCUGGUAGCGGUUCCGCCGGUUCCGGUGGUUCCCUGCUGACACCGGCCAGGCUGUUCCAGAGGGCGACACCCGUGUUUCCGUUCCACCUGGCAGGAUGGCCACCCCAUCAUCCGGUCCUCGGCCAGGUACAAAGCCAGGUACAGCAGACGAUGCAGGCCCAGCAUCAGGCGGCGGCUGCCGCUGUCAGGUUCCUCAGUCAUCAUCAUCCUCAUCAUCCGCAUCCGGCACUGGGGAACCACCCCCUGGUGCCGGCGAUAACUAGCCACCAUCCGACCGCCCAUCAUCUUCAUCACAGUGCCGAUCAUGCCGACGAGGAUGACGAGAAGAAAGGUUGCGAUGGCGAAUCGGACGAAGGUGGAAGCAAGAGGCGAAGGAGCAGGACCAACUUCAAUAGCUGGCAACUGGAGGAAUUGGAACGGGCAUUUCUCUCGAGUCAUUAUCCCGAUGUGUUUAUGCGAGAAGCUCUGGCUGUGAGACUCGAGUUGAAAGAGAGCCGCGUAGCCGUAUGGUUCCAGAACAGAAGGGCAAAAUGGAGGAAGAAGGAGCACACGAAGAAGGGUCCAGGAAGGCCGGCGCACAACGCUCAUCCUCAAAGCUGUAGUGGCGAACCAAUUCCACCUGAAGAGUUGAGAAGGAAGGAGAGGGAAAGGCGGCAGAAGAAAUUGCUGAAAGCUCUUGAACGACAGCAGAGGAAAUUAGCUGCAAAGGGAAUCACCGUCGACCUCUCGACCCUUCGAGCCGAAUGGGAGUCCCGAAGCGCGGCAGCAUCCGGCGGAAACUCUCUGAACGGAAGCCUGGGAAGCUCUUUCAACCAUUUGAGCAACAACAACGAGAGCAGCAGCGUGUCGGGCUCUGGCAACGACGCGAACGAGGAGAUAGACGUUGUCGGAGGUUUGGAUUCUUGCAGCGAGAGUGGCAGCGAGAGAGUAGAUUCCACCGCCGAUGGUUCCAUCGAUGGAGAGUGUUACUCGAGAUUGGGGAGCAGUGGCAACGAUCAGAACGAUCCUCGAAGAUCGGUGAACCAGGUCGCGGGAAGUCUUCAGAGUCCAAACUCGAGCCUGAACCUGGACCACUUGAAUCAUCAGCAAGGGAUCCAUCAUUGGGGCCUGACCUCCCUCCUCGAAAGAAGGAGAGAGUUGGUGAACAUGAACAGCGCGGGUGGACCUCGUCAAACAACGAACAACCCAGGAAGAACAUCGGUCAGGCAACAGACCAGCGAGGAGGAGGUGCAGAGCAGUAGCAUAGACCUAUCUGUGAAGGGGAGGGAGGAGAGGAAGAGGCUCAACCCUUUCUCUAUCGAUAGUUUACUGGGUAAUAACAGAACAAGCACCCCUGGUAUCCACAACGAAUACAGAGCCUCGACGCCUACUCUGUCGAACGGCAGGGAGUCGAUCAGCCCGACGUCACCGAUCUCGGUUCCAACUUCGCCGUCCACCACGUAGUGAGCCAAGAAUACGUGUUUCUUCUAUUCGUACGGUGGCGAAUGAUUCGAGUUACGGUGUUGGAACACAACGAAGAGUACGGGCCAGUUUCGCGAGGACAUUUAUUAAGGAACAUUAUCGAGAACAACGAGACGGAAGAUAGAAGAUUUGUCACAAUUUUAGGAUAGCAAUUGUAUUAUCUGUUCUAAAAAAAAAAAAAAUGGGAACGAGAGUUCCUGAUGGAUCGAAGAGUGAUACAAAGUUGGAGCGUUGGUUAGUUUCGUUUCUUGGGGAAACGAUUUUGUUGACGCCGAUUGAUGAAGUUUGGAGAUGUUUGAAAGUUAAGAAACGAUGAGUUUCUUCUGCGGAGAAACGGUGAUUCGAUCUACGAGAGUUUGAGUUUCCUCUAUCGAGACGCAAGGAGAAAGGAAAGCUUAUAUCAGUUUCGACAUAUCUGCAUCGAGUGCGUGAGUGACGUUGAGACUGCGUGUCACUGCGUGGUUCUGACUUUCUUCUUUUGUCCUGCGUGUUCGAGUGUGGAGAUCGAGACGAGAAUGUGCAAUAAAACACACGAAUGAAUCGUUCUUUUCUUCCCUCUCUUCUUCAAGUGUUACAUGUAGGGAGAGAGAGAAAGAGAGAGAGAGAGAGAGAAAGGGAGAGAAAGAGAGAGAGAAAGAGAGAGAAAGAGUUACUACGUUAAAUAAGGAUGCGUGUGCGAGAGAGAGAGAGAGACAGACUGCGCGUGUAUUUAAUGUAAAUAGCUCGAAAGUAUGAACGAUUCCGUUUUAUUUAAAUCUGAUUCGUAGCCGAAACCCCUCCCAGUGUUCGUCUGAUUCGCGGAUAUUAUUUAAAAAAGCAAUAGAGAUUUUUGCCUGGCACGCGUGUAUAUAUAACAAUAGAGAUUAAAUCGAAAGUUUUAGACAUUGCGUGGAGGGAUGCCGAUGAGAAAAUAAAGAAGCGGUACAAAGCUGAAUUACGGGAUAUAUCUCCUCUUCUUCUUUUUUUAUGCGUCGUGCAAGAGUGCAUUUUGUGAGAGAAAGAGAGAGAAAGAGAGAAAGACAGAGAUGUUGAAGAUCGAUAAGAAGAGUGAAGAGGAGAAGAGAGAGAGAGAAAGAGAGGGAGAGAGAGAGAGAGAGAGAGAGAGAGGAGAUGUUAUGAGAUGCCAUAAAAUUUGGGAUGCGAGACAGUAUCUACCGUAUAUUCAUUUCAAAUAUAUUAAUUUAUUCUCAACACUA